AUGAUGAACCCCGAAAUGAGUAUGCCGGAAGAUGAUCCCAAUGGGAAUGUGAAUACGGUAAUGGGUGAAGCCAAGCCUCGAUGGGGUCCAGCACAUGCGGGUGCCAAGACACUGGCGUCAAUGUAUAGUCGAAGUGAGUGAAUUUGAUGAUGGAGAGAGUUUUAUCAGACAAAAGAAUGCAAGAGGUUAUCUCCAUUGUUGUUUCCUUGACAUUUUUUUCCACGGUCGGAAUAUUGUUAAUAUGGCGAAUUGGUGACAUCGCUCUACAUUCACUUGUUUUUGCUGCUUUCUUCGGCAUCAUUGUAGCCGACUUUGCUUCAGGUGUAGUUCAUUGGAUUGCUGACACCUGGGGUACGGUAGACACGUUCAUAGGACGGGUAAGCAAUGCAAUCUAAAAGAGAAAUUUUCAGCAUUUCAUUCGGUCUUUUCGGGAACACCAUGUGGAUCCGACCGCUAUUACACGGCAUGACUUUGUAGAAGUCAAUGGGGAUAACUUCAUGGUUUGCAUUCCGAAACUGGCUCACAUUCUCUACCAACACUUUACGUUGGAGGACGAUGAUCUGAUUGCGGUCUUACCUGAUCAUUGGUUUUGGUUGUUUCUCGGGAUUUACAGUGCGAUGACAAAUCAAGUAAGCAAGACGCACCUCGCCAUCCACUUUCAGAUACACAAAUGGUCCCACACUUACUUCAAUCUGCAUCCUUUUAUCGUGACACUACAGAGAUUACACAUAAUACUACCUCGACACCACCACAAAAUUCAUCAUAUUUCACCUCACGCCUGUGCAUACUGUAUUACGACAGGGUGGCUUAACUACCCGUUGGACAAAGUAGGAUUUUGGAGACAUCUGGAAUCGGCAGUCUCAUUCCUUACUGGACAAAAACCUCGCGAUGAUGACCUCAAAUGGGCAACAAAAACCGAAUAA